AUGAAUAUGUUGGAUGAUGAAGAUGACCAAAGCUUUCACGCUACGCGUGACGGCUACUCCCAUUUGAGCGAUGUCGAAUGGGAAGCGGUUGAACGGAUGGGUUCGACCAUGGGCAUCCAUGCUGUUAGCGUCAUGCUAGAGGCUCUCAAUAGAGAUGCCCAACAUGCUACUAUCGCCAAGUUCAUUCAAAAUGAACUUGACGCUGAACGCGAGAAAGUAGCCUUGCUUCACCAACAAGGUUCUCAACAAGCAGAGUUGUUGAGAGAACAGGGUGCUCAACAGUUUGAACUGUUGAGACAGCAGCAGGCUGCUGCUGGCGGGUCGAUGCACUCGCGUCGACCCGAGACUUUGAAGAUUGACAUCUCCAAGGCGCGUCGCAUCGACGACGGGGAUAUGCAAGUUGCAUUUGCCCAGUCAAAUCUGGCAGGACGUGCCAAGACUUGGGCACUGGGGCUCAAGUUGCACGACCCAUAUGCGUUUGGGUCGUUGGAAGUCUUCAAGUCGCGGCUCAGACAAACGUUUGAACCGCCUAGAGCUGAGUUCAGAGCUCGAACCGAACUCUUGAAGCUCAAGCAGGGUAAGCGUGAUGUGCACGCUUACGCUCAACAUAUACGACAUCUCACGAGUUGUAUAAGUUCCAAUCCGGUGGAUGAACACACGUUGGUUUCGGUGUUCAUGCAGGGUCUUGCGGAUGGUCCCGUCAAGACUCACCUGUUCCGGCUUGAACUAGAUUCACUAGAACAAGCCAUUUCCAUUGCGGAGCAGGAAGACUUCAGUCUGAGACAGGCUCGCGCCAGCUCGACAUCAUAUCGUCAACCGAGACGAUAUGACAACGGAGGUCCAGAGCCGAUGGAACUCUGUUAUGUAGAGAGCGAGAAGGCUCGCUCUACAGGAUACAAGAAGUUGCAGAGAUGCAACAGAUGUCAAAAGACAGGACACUACGCUUACGAGUGUAGUGCCCCUCGUCCAGUGUCUCGCGACACUGGGCGUAGUGACCGUCCACCCAUGAGAAAAGGGCAGGGACGAGGGUCCGCAGUUGGUGCAAAGACGCAACAACGGGAUGGACCGUCAAAAAACGGACAGGAUCAGUAG